AUGGUGGUUAUCCCAUUUAGAAUCAUCAUCAUUGUUGACAACAACAAAAAUAGUUCACCAACAGCAAUUGCAAGAACACUAUCAUCACCACCAAAGGAAAUUGAUGAGGAUGAAGAUGAUGAAAUAGAAUUUGAGGAUUCAGUAAUUAACUUUGGAUCAAAUUAUAAUGAAGCUCUAAAAAGCAUAAAUAAAAAUAUUAUGGAAUUAUAUAAUUCUGCUGAUAAAUGUGAUAUAAUUAAAAUGGGAAUUAUAAAUCUUGAGGAUGAAAGGAAAAAUAAGAAGAAGGCUUUUAAAAAAAUUUCUCAACUGUAUAAAAAAGAUUUCAAGGUUUUAUAUUGUGACACAUUAACUGAUAAAGAUAUAAAUCAGAUGUUAGAGGAUCUAAAAGGAAUUUCAAAUGUUGAAAGUGUUAAGGAAUAUAUAGAUAAAUAUAAAACAUAUCAAAGUCUUGAUUUAGAUUUGAAAAGUGUGAUAAAAAGUUUUAUAUACACUAUUGCUUUUCAAUUUGGCAGUUGUUUCACCUUAAAUGACAGUUAUUUUGAAGAAAUGUUCUCAGAAACACAUAUUUCUGUAGUCACACAUUUCACAAUUUUUAUGAAUUUAUUUAGGACUAGGGACUAUUCAGUUAAAAUAAACAGAAAUCAAGAUUAUGAUGAUAAAAAUAUAAGAAAAUCACUAAUACCAGAUGUAAAAUUGUCAUAUAAGAAGAGAACAAUUGAAAUACUUGUAGUGGAGAAUGCCAAGUUUAAUUCUAUUAAUGGAAAAAGAAAAAAAACAACUGAUACUAAGAAAAUUUCUAUAUUAAUGCAUGACCAAAUCUCAAGGCUAUAUGAUUAUUUAGAUGAACAUGAUAAGGGUGAACAGGUGAAAGAGUUAGAAGUCUAUGGAGUUAUAACUUCAAAAUUAUACCUGUUUUAUAAGAUUAUGAGUUUUAGGCUGCCAUCAGAUGUUGCUGAUUUUGACCAACUGAAAGAUGCUUUUAAAUACAUGAUUAAAUUUCGAACAAUUGUAGAUGAGAAUCAUAGAAGAUUGAAAAAUAUUAUUGAAGGAAGACCUGUGACUCCAACCAAUUCUAUUCAAUGGACAAUAAAAAUCAAGAAAUCUCCUAUAACUUUAAAAAAAGAAGAAAAAGAACUAAAAAAUAAAGCUACUAGAAUUGAAAAUUCGAGAGAAAAAAAUCCAUUCACUUAG